CAGCGGGUCCUCCUCUUCACUCUCCCCCGCGUCCUCCGCCUCACACACGGCGUCUCUGUCCGCUCGACCCCCCCUGGUACCCGUGUGAAGGAGUGAACGUGUGUUUUCUUGGGGGAUAUUUCUUCAUUCCUCCCGGUUGUUCUGUCUCUCUGUCGGGGCGUGUGGAGCCAGGAGCGAGCCCGUCGCAGCCCGUGUCUCAGGCUGCACCGGUGGGCGGAUAGAACGCGGAGGAGGAGGAGGGCAUCCGGAGCAGGGCCUGGCACCUCAGGAGGGUCGCCUUGAAACCCACGGAAUUCACCAUUUUCAGGCUGCACACUGCCUCGCUAUGGAGAAGAUGAAGAGGAUCAAGAAGCGAUUGUCUUUAACGCUCCGCUCCAGUCACACCAUCGACGAGUCCCUAUCUGAACUGGCCGAGCAGAUGACCCUUGAGGAUGGCGGCACCAAGGACAAUGAGCCCUUCAUGAGGAACGGCCGCCCCCCCACCUCCCACAGCAUGCACUCCUUCCUGCACCAGUACACCGGCUCCUUCAAGAAGCCCCCGCUCCGCCGGCCGCACAGCGUCAUAGGCGGCACCCUGGGAUCCUUCAUGGCUAUUCCACGCAGCGGCAGUCGUCUGGAUAUUGUACAUGAGAACUUGAAGAUGGGCUCAGACGGGGAGAGUGACCAGGCGUCUGGAACAUCGUCAGAUGAGGUUCAGUCUCCGACCGGCGUCUGUCUAAGGAACCGAGUCCACCGGCGGAUCUCCAUGGAGGACCUCAACAAGCGUCUGUCGCUCCCAGCAGACAUCCGAAUUCCCGACGGUUACCUGGAGAAGCUGCAGCUCAGCAGUCCGCCCUUCGACCAGCCGCUCAGCCGACGCUCCCGCCGCGCUUCUCUGUCGGAGAUCGGUUUUGGGAAGUUGGAGACGUACAUUAAGCUGGACAAACUGGGAGAGGGAACCUACGCCACAGUAUUCAAAGGACGCAGUAAGCUUACGGACAACCUGGUGGCGCUGAAGGAGAUCAGGUUGGAGCACGAGGAGGGAGCGCCAUGCACCGCCAUCAGAGAGGUGUCAUUACUGAAGGACCUGAAACACGCCAACAUCGUGACGCUACACGACAUCGUUCACACUGAAAAGAGCCUAACGCUCGUCUUCGAGUACCUGGAUAAGGAUCUGAAACAGUACAUGGAUGACUGUGGAAACAUAAUGAGCAUGCACAAUGUGAAGAUCUUCCUGUUCCAAAUAUUGCGAGGGCUGUCAUACUGUCACAAGAGGAAAGUUCUCCACAGGGACCUGAAGCCUCAGAACCUCCUCAUCAAUGAGAAAGGAGAACUCAAACUGGCUGAUUUUGGUCUGGCGAGGGCCAAGUCCGUCCCAACUAAAACCUACUCCAACGAGGUGGUGACUCUGUGGUAUCGGCCUCCUGAUGUUCUGCUGGGAUCCUCUGAGUACUCAACACAGAUCGACAUGUGGGGCGUUGGUUGUAUAUUUUAUGAGAUGGCUGCAGGUCGGCCGCUGUUCCCCGGCUCCACCGUGGAGGACGAGCUCCACCUCAUCUUCAGGUUACUGGGAGCGCCAACUGAGGAGAAAUGGCCGGGAAUCUUCUCCAUCGAAGAGUUCAAAUCCUACAAAUUCCCCAAAUACAAACCACAGCCAUUAAUCAACCACGCUCCCAGGCUGGACAGCGAAGGCAUCGAGCUGCUGCUGUCUUUCCUCAGAUACGAAUCCAAGAAGAGGAUUUCAGCGGAGGAGGCGAUGAAGCAUUCCCACUUCAGGCAGCUCGGGAUGAGAAUCCACACACUGUCUGAGAGUGUAUCAAUAUUCACAUUAAAAGAAAUUCAGCUGCAGAAAGACCCCGGCUACAGGAACUCCUCGUAUCCAGAGUCAGGCAACGGCAAGAUCAACAGGAGGCAGAGCAUGCUCUUCUAAUGUUCAGUGACGGUCGACUUCCCACCCUCAUCAUCACUCCCCAUCAAUGUCUCGCAUGAGCCCACCUCCUUUCAGAGUGACACCCCUCCAACUACCUACACACACACUCACACUCACACACACACCACUCUGAGCAAUUGACUCUGGGUUGAAUCUGUUUGGAAACUGUGUUUAUUUAUUGGGGGGAACGGGGUGAGGUUGAAUUUAUUUGCUGCUAAACUACUACUGUCUGUAUUUAACACACUGUGUGUGUGCGCAUGUGUGUGUGUGUGUGUGUGUGUACAUGAUGUGAACUCGAGACGCCGUGCACAGUUCAGCAGUCAGGAAGGUUACUUUGUCUUCUGACUGCGAUUCUCUGGCUUCGUUCGAGUUAGAAUUCCACGGAUGUUGAUGUCGAAGCUGUGAUCCCAAGUUGAUGUUCUGUUGUCGUGCUCGGAGAUCGAACGCUUCAGUUUUCUCCAGUUUUUUCCUUUUAUAAAUAUGUAUAUCUAUAUAAAUAUAUAUUUGGAGUUUA